CUCGAGUCAAAUGGCGUCACCAAGCUCGACCGAGGCAGCACCUGAUGCCUCGAGGCUCGCGUUUAUCGAGAGCGAAUUGCGAGCCAUGAGUGCCAAGAUGGACCAAAUUCUUCAAGAACAAGGCGCUCGUAUUCAGUGUAUCGACGACAAACUGGACCGACUUGUUCGUGUUGUGGAAGCAGGGGUUACCGCUCAUGAGGGCAAACUGACAAAGCUGCCCGAUGCCAUCUGCCAACCGCUCGAGCGGCGGUGGACCGAUACGUCCCAAGUUGUGGACCAUGCACUUGCGUGUACGAAUGCGCGACUUGACCGCAUUGAGAAAGCCUUGGACGAGUUGCCAGACAACCUCCGGUCGACUCGGCAAAAGCUGCACUCGGCGUCGUUUGCCCUGCAGGGCAUGGAAGGAUUCUGGCCCACCACGGCAGUAUUGCCCACAACAUUGCACCCCUCCCGCGAAGCACCACCAGGUCCUCCAGCGACGAACCCUCCUCGCCAUACCUCCCAACGACACAACCAACACAGAGCCACCAGAGUCGUGCAAGAGCCAUCAUACACAACACUGUCAGUCCGCGGCAAUAUUUCCAAGCCUCCGAUCGCAGCAUACCCCACCGAGGACACUGCACCGCCUAGUACUACCUCCGCUACUGCUGUGUCUUCGUUUCGAGCGACGAAUUGCCGAACAAUGUGGCACCUCUGGUUCCAUGGCGACCCCUCGACCGCCGACGGACCGUUGCGACACGUCGUCCUGGACGAGUAUGUCGGAGGAAGCACUCGGAUGCAGCAAUCUCGCUCCAAGGUCGUGAUGGAAGCGUUAUGUCAGUUGGGUGGCGUCGCUGCAGACGACGUGUCGGCGAUGUCCCCAGGCGCAUCAAACGAAGUGUUCGAUCGGGCGUUCCACGCUCUGUUGUAUGAAAACCCAGAGGGAAACUUAGCCGGCGCUGUAGGAAAACUCCGCCCCGACAAGGCCGAGUCGUACAUGGUCGCCACCGUAUACAACGUCCUUGUCAACGAAAGGCGGAAGCGAAAACGCGACGCAGCGGUCGAGAUUCACAUGUUAUGAUGGCAACCUUCCUUGUUGCAACCUCGUCAAUUAGUCCCCGCCAUGACUCGUCUAUCGAGUUCUCGUCCAUGGGAGAGCGGAAGCGUCACGGCCCGCCCGUGAAUAACGCCAUGCUGACUACUCCUUCCCAAACGUCGAGUCGGCGGUCAUCGACGACCUACUCAAGGCUGAAGGCACUCAAUCCACUCACUUUUUCUGUUGUCAUUGCAACGAAACCACGGACUUGCAAUACGUCGACGUGUCCAGUCAUCGUUAGGGGUUGAGCACCCUCGUGACGCUCGUGAAGUCAGGAACACCCGUGACGAUGAAAAAUGCGCCAGGGUGUGAUCGGUCAAGCUUCAAUGAUGUCCUUGCUAGUUAACAUAUAACUGAAUCGAGACGCCUGCUCUCACCAGGGCUUCAAAGCAUGACUAUUUAGGCUUCAUGGAAGUAUGGCUUCAAGGACACGGCAUUCUCCAUCCAUCCAAGUGCACAUGGCCACGACCUCUGAGACUGCUGCUUGUCGCG